AUGCCAAGAUGUGGUGCCACGAGUACAGCGAAAACCCUAAAUCCUCUAGAUAGUAGCCACGACGAGUUCGAAGUUUCUCUUAAAAUAGAGAGAAAUGAGAAUUAUCUGAAGAUUGACAAGGGAAGAAUGGAGUUGAUAAAGGGAAAGGAGAUAUUAAAUAGAUUUAGUGCGUUGCACAAAGGAGGAAUAAGAAUUCUGGGAAGAGUGACAGGAGAUCAAUCAGCAGGAGGAGGAGAAGGAGAACAGCAAGAAGCGUUGCAAGCAGAAGAGCAGCAGCUGGGACAAACAGUGUUAGGAGUGGGAGGAAAGACGACGGGCCAGGAGAGCGGAGCGACGCAAGGAGAGAAGACGAGUGUGAUAGUGGGAGACGGAGGAGAGCAGAAGGAGGAAAACAUAGACGACGAGUUGCUGUGGAGUAACCAGUACAGUUACGACGAGUUCAUAGACUCGCUGAGCUGGCAGUACGAAGAAAGAGGCACGAAGGAGGAGGAAAAGAGGCACUGGAGUUACCCGCGGCGCUGGAGCGUUAAGCUGUUCAACCUGAAGGUGACGAACCUGACGAACGACACGAUCAGCUGCUUCGCAGAGUUCGACUUCGGAGGAAGCAGAAACGAGUGCAGAGUGCAAAUAGGAAGCAACAACUACAUACUUAACAGAGGCUGGAGUAAAAACUACAUAAGAACGCCGGUGCUGAAGAACGUGGAGAAGGACAACGUGAGAAGCUUCAACUGCGCGCACUCGUUCGAGUACAGAGGAAGUUAUUUAGACUUGGAAAACGAAAAGCUGAGGAUCAAGGUGUGGAAGUGCCAGACGUACACGAUUAACACGCUGGAGAGCAUCUACGAGGAGUACCUGCUCAAGUUCGCGGAGGGAGACGAGCACGUGGAAAUCAUGAUGUUCAAGUACCUGGAGGGGCAGAAGAAGUACACGUGCAAGCUCUCCUUUAACCUGUUCUUCCAGGAACUAUACGACUUUGAACUUAACCUGAUCAACUUCAGAAUACAAAACUCGAUAUCGUCAUACUACCUCUUCAACUACUACCAGUUCUACCUGCAAAAGAGAAUGAACAGGGAGCUGGAGAAAGAGGAAGGGAAGGCGAAAGGGAAGGAAGUGGCGAAGCGCGAUAACUUUAACCUGUUGAGUAAGAUGAAGUAUAGACUGUUCAAGGUAAAAAUGGAGAGAAAAAUGAGUAAAAUAAAUGCAAACGCUAAAAAGGGAAAACCUAACAGCAACGAAAAUGAGACCACUAACACAAGCAGCGAUGUAAACAGUAAUGUGAGUACAAACGGUAACGUGAGAGGGGGACCCAGUACAAACGUGAAAGGAGGAGCUAGUACGAAUUCCAAUGCAAAUGAUAAUGGUAGUGCAAACGCUAACGCUGAUUCUAAAGGCAACGCCAGUACAAAUGCAAACGCUAAAGGAAACAAGAAUUCAAAAGCUAAUAGUAAGGAGACAAAAAAGAAGAAGAAAAAAAAGAAGAAAAAGAAAAGGAAGUCGCAAGUAGGAGUAGGAUACGUUACAAGCGAAGACAAGGAUGAAAGUAGAGACACGACGCUGGCGUUCAUAAGUAAAAACAAGGAGUACAUAGGGAUACUGCGGGAGUACACGACGCUGUUCGUGCAGCUGGGAACGUACUACCCGUUCGAGUGUAAGCUGCCGCCGUCACCAAGGCUGGUGAUCAGGCUGAAGACGAACAACAGCCUCUAUCGCAAAAAUUUGGAAAUCACGUCGCACUCAGUGAGAAACGCGUUCGGAUGCGAGUGGGAUAACCUGGGAGGGAUACUGUUUAGAGGAACGCUGUCAGAGUUGGCAAACUCGCAUCUAGAAAUAAGGCUGCUGGACUGGAGUGCGCCGAAGGCAGCAAACUGCAUAGGAGUGACGAAGAUACCGAUGAAGUCAAUAGUGGAUUACCCGUACGUUAACAGCACGUUUCACGCGCCAGAGUGGCUGAGACUGAAGAGCCAGUACGAAGGAUGGGCGAGUCACCUGGCAGACCUGCAGCUGGGCUCAGUCUCAGGAAAACUGGUGGUAAACAGGAAACCGCGCUACAGACAGCUGAGAGGAUUCAACGCAGUGACGUCAUCGCAGCAGAUGCUGAUCGUGCAGGUGAACAACAUAGACCAGCUGCUGGCAAUAACGCAGGAAGCAGUGGACUCGUACGUGGAGGUGACCUUCAACAACGUGACGGUGAGGACGAACCUGUGCAAGGACAUGUUGGGGCCAAUAUACAACGAGGAGCUGUACAUACCGAUACAAACAGAUGAGAACGCGGGCGCGACGGGAGUGAGCUACCAGGAGCUGGUGGAAAUGGGCCUGAUAAGAGUGACGGUUUGGGGCUACAUAAUGGAGAAGCUCAACUACUUCGGAAGCUGCGGAAUAGGAGUGAGAGAAGUGCUCUUCAACAAGAACGCGCCGAGGCAGCUGAGCAAGAAGACGCACAACAUCAUGGACACGUUCAAGUACGAGACGACGUACGAAACGAGAGUGUACACAGGAACGAGGAAGCUGUACCACUACCAGUACAACCAGCAGGACAGCAUCUCGAACAUCAACAUGUCAGUGUGGUUCUACCCAUCAAUACAGCUGGACAGCAGCGCACUGAGCAGAGGAAGUAAGGCGGAUGGGCCGGGGCUGCAGGACCUGCAGACGGACGAGGAAAGAAUCAACAAGCUCUUCGAGAUAUGGAGGAGCAUCUGCAGCAUGACGAACAACGAGCACUUCGCAGACUACUGCUACCUCUACAACCAGUUCGGAGACAAGAUGUUCCCGAGUAGUUUCGUGCAGACAAUACACCCGCCGCCGCAAAUAGAGAGCAUGAAGCACAUGUUCCACUACGUCUCGUGCAUAACAUUCACGAACAAGAGUCUGCACAACGCGUUCACAGUGGACUUCCUGCUGAAGCUGAAGGCAGGAAACGUGCUGGACCACUGCAUGCUGCUGUGCAGCUUCCUGUUAAACAGCUACAGCAACACGUACAUAGCAAUAGGACAGCAGAAGGAUAAGAAGUACAACGCGUUCGUAAUACAGUACUACGCGUCAGACGUGUCAGGAGGCGGGAAGAAGGUGGAGACGAGAGAAGAGUGGGCGAAGAGAGAGAACAAGAAGCUUAAUUUCAUGGGCAUCAACAUGCUGUUUAAUAACAAAAACGUAUGGCUGAACGUGCAGGACCAGAGAGCAGUGCCGCUGCUGGACUACGACGUCAACAACAUCAACAACUGGUACCCCUUCAUCCCAUAUAACCCGGUGAGGAGCACGCCGAUGUACUACUACACGAGGACGAUGAACGUGAUCAACAAUCUGCUGACGGGAGGGACGGGAGUGAGUGCGCCGAACAAGCACAAGGAGCUGACUGAGAAGAAGUACUACAUAGACUGGAACAGACUUAACGACUACAAAGUCAACAAGAUGGAGCAGAGCGUGCUGGAGGAGCUGAACAGAAGCAUCGUGAUCUACAGAAGCUCGCAGAACCUGUCGACGAACUACAACAGGUGCGACCGCCUGCAAAAGUACCUGAAAAAGUACCUGCUGAUGACGCACGAGGAAAACAUAAGCAACGAGGAUAACAUUCAGAUCAUCAGAAGCCAGAUCAAGGAGUGGAAGGAGGAGCUGGAGCGAAGAAUCCCGAGCAGCUACCAGGCGCUGAUAAGAACGCUGCACUUCAACACGGUCGACAGCGGAAUCAUCUUCGACGUGGCGAAGCACAAGUUGAACUUUCUGGACUCGAGAGAGAGCACGAGCAUCUUCGUGACAACACUAAAAAUAUUUCAGCUCUCAGGAGGGCUCUACAGCACGUACCUGCUGGUGAUGUACUCGUCAAAAAUACACGAAAAACUGAGAAAGGAGAUUUUGCUUCACAGAUACCUGGUAAACAGGAAAAACAUGAUGAGAAAGACAGUGAAGAACGUGAAAAACGCAAUGAGCGAGGAGGAGGGAGAAGAGGCAAUGGAAAUAGAGCAACUGAUAAUAGAAGGAAUGGGAGAAGAGGGAGACACGGGGGAGCUGAUGGACAGCGGAAGUGGCCUCGGAACUGGACUGGGAAGCGGCAGCGGAUCCAGCAGGUUUGGAUCGGCAAGCACAAACAGGUUCGGAGACAGCGCGCUCGGCAGCAGCUCAAGUAAUUUCGGAACAAGCCUGAAAAACCUCAACUCGCUGAGCAACCAGGGCACCACUGACCUCUCGAGCGUGAGCAGCAGCGACCUGUGCACCGAGAGCAGCUACGCCAGCGAGGGAGAGGAGGCGCGAGGAGUGACGCUGGGCAGCGGCGACUUCGACCGCGAGAAGCUGCUCAACAUGCCCUCCUACGACUUCGGCAGGGCGAGCACGGUGACCUUCAGCAGCAAGCAGGGGUCGAGUCUGGACAGAGGCACGACCUUCAGCCUGCGCAGCAGCACGGUCAACUUCGAGGCCACGAAGAGCACGUUCAGCCUCAGCAAGGACAGCCUGGGCAGCGUGGGCUUCGACCAGGCGACGCGGAGGCUGAGCACGAGCAUAAUCAAGAGCAUGAGCUCGAACGGGACCGACCGCGCGAAGGAGAAGCUGGGAAGUUCCAGCGCGUUUAGCGACGGAAGUAAACUGGUGAGUUCCGGCGCUUUUAGCAGCAGCAUUGGAACGGGAGGAUCGGGCUCAUUUAGCUCCAGUAACCUGGGGGACUCCAACAGGUUCAGCAGCAGCAUUAGAACGGGAGGCUCGGGCUCACUCAAGUCGAGUAAACUGGGAGAGUCAGUGAGAUUUGACACGAGAACGAGUGAGCUAGGAGGGUCGAACGAGUAUGGCACGACCAAGUUCUCAGACUCGAAAAGAUUUGCGAGUGGAAGCGUCAGUAGCAUCGGCGGCGUCAGUUUGGGAUCAAGCGGAAAGUUUGACUCGACCUUGGACGUGGACACGAAGUUGGCCAACUUGACAAAUAAGGCGAACAGCACGAAGUUGAACACGGAGAGCGGAAGCACCAGUAGCAGUUCGUCGAGCAAUGACACGAGUGAAGAGUCGCAGAAGGUGAAGGUUAACAAGAAGUUGCUGCUGGACAGUAAAAUCGUUAAAAAUAAGAAGGUGGACGGGGGAAGGGAUAGGAGCGCGAUGGUGAGGGCGAGUAAGCUGUUGGCAAACAGACUCCUUAAAAACACGUCACUGUCAAGUAACACGGCGAUAUCGAGAGGCGCGAGUCGAGCACCAAGUAGUAUAUCAGACACGUAUCUAAAGCCAGCAUCGCAGCCAACAGUGAGUAAGCAGCUCACGUUCAGUUCGUCAGAAGCAAGUCUUGGGAACGCCGUGAAUGAGAUGAGUGGUGUUAAGGGGAGCAUGUCUGAUUCUUCACUAAGAUCAAGCGAUGGAACGAAUGUGGACUCGAAAGGAACAAGUUCGUCAAGAGAGAGUUACGGAAAUGGAAGCAACGUGGUGUCAAACAUGAUGAGUAGAAACACAGGCCUCGGCUCACUGAGAGAGAACAGUUAUUCAAGCGGCUCAAUAGACACAAACACGAGUAGUGGAACGACGGUCAGCGUCGAUGAGGCCAGUGGUAACGCAAGUAGCCUAGCGAGCAACAGCGUCAGCGGCACCAGUACCCUGACAGACGGGAAGCAAGGAGGCGACGUUGGUAGUAGCACUAACGGUAGUGGCAUUGGUAACAGCAUUAACAGUGGUAACAGUAGCAGUAGCGGCAAUGGCAUUGGUAGCAGUAGCAAUAGCAGUGGAAGUGCAUACGAGAACGCGUUGAGAGCAAAUAGGUAUCUGAACACAGGGUCGAUGAGCAACGCGAGUAAAGGAUACGAGUCAAACAGGUUCUCGAGUAGAAGCAUGAGGUCGGGAACGAACAAGAGUGUGCAAAGCGGCACGUACACGACGUCAAGCAGCAGCAGUAACCUGGGAAGCGGAUCCAUCCGGACUAGUCUGCCGAACAGUUCAGUAAAAACGAGCAGUAGUAACCUGGGAAGCGGAUCCGUCCAGAAUAGUCUACCGAGAAGUUCACUGGCAAGCAGCAGUAACCUCCAGACGAGUUCACUGAAGAGCGGCAGUGUCAGCACGGACAAAAGCAGCCAAAGGAUGAGCCUGGGGAGCAGUAGCGCCAGCACAAGAGUGUGGAACGUAAACCUGAUGAGCGUGGAAAGGAACACGAGCAAUACAACGAGCUCCUUCAGCAACAGCAACAGUGAAAAUAGCGGCCUGAUGAGUAAAAGUAGCAUUAACACAGACAGUAGCUUGGGAAGCCUGAAAACAAGUAACAGCAGCAGUAUCGGAAACAGUAUCGGAGGAAGCGAAGAGAUCGCGAGAGAAAAGGGUGGCAGAAAUUAUAGGAAAAUAAACGUAUAUAAAUCAUUCAAGAUGGGAGAAUCGAGUGAAAUCGUAGUGUACAGAAACGACAAGUCAAUAGUACUUUAUAACAAAACGGGCCAAAUAAGAGCAUUGCCAAUAUACGAUAUAGAAGUCCUGGAGAACGAAGAGGAGAGUGAUGGCAACACGUGCCCGUUCUGCGGAAGCAUACUUACCGGAGAAAAGUACAACUACAUCGCAAAAGCAUAUUUCUACCUGCUCCAAAACUCCUUUCAAAGCUACAACAACAUGACCCAGAAGCUGGUAGAAACGCACAUAAACGACAGCCCGAGUGGCGCCGACGAGAAGAUAAACACGGAAAAGGGCAGGGAGGAGCAUAUGGGCAGAGAAGCGAGGGAAACGAGGGACGACUUCGGCAACGCCUCCUUCAGUAACAGGACCGUGGAGCAGGAGAUAGUAGUCAACGAAAUCAUCGAGUUGCCCAAAAACAUACCAAAAUAUCUGCUAAUCACGGGCUACUACAAGCGGUUUUUCAUAGAAGGUCGGAAGUUAGGCUCCGGGUCCUACGGCCACGUCUACAACUGCACGCACAUAAUGGACCAACUGAAGCUGGGAGAGUACGCAGUAAAGAAGCUGCCAAUCGGAGACGAUAUGGAGUGGCUGAAGAAGGCAAUCAAGGAGAUAAAGAUAAGAGAAAACAUACGCCACAAGAACGUAGUCGACUACAACCACUCGUGGCUGGAAAUGUACAGAAUGAACGAGCUGUGCCCAUGGAUACCAUACCUCUUCAUACUCAUGGAAUACUGCAACGGAGGGAACCUGUACAACUAUAUACAGUCAAUAUACAAAGCACCAGAAUCGAAAGGGAAGGGAAAACGAUACGAGUACGAAGGGAAAGGGCCAGGAGAUGACACUGCGGCCGGUGAUUACGGCGAAGACGCGGGGUCGGCUCCCGGGGAGCACUCCGGCGGCGACUACCUGAGCGACGACGAGAUCAUGGUGCUCUUCGUGGACAUACUGAGCGGGCUGGACCACCUCCACAAGAACUUCAUCAUUCACAGGGACCUGAAGCCGUCGAACAUCCUGCUCAAGUUCGUCAACGGCUCCGCGAGCGCGAUCAUAUCGGACUUCGGAACGUGCGAAAUCUUCUCGCAGAAGUCCUCAAAGUCAGGCUUCACGGGCACCAUAGAGUACACGGCGCCUGAGUUGCUGGCGUCGACGCUGAGUCAAUCGCUGCACCCUGUUGGCAGGGACGCCCUUCCAGAGGCGCAGGAGGGCCGGGGGCCGUUGGCUGAGGACGCCACUGACUUGCCGACGAGGCAGGACAGUGUGAACCUUCCGGCUCUGGUGGAGAUGCCCUCGAGCAAGGCCAGCAAGGCGAGGUACAACAACAAGGUGGACCUGUGGAGCCUGGGAAUCGUGCUGUACUACAUGUCCUUCGGAAAGAUACCCUUCCGCUCCGACGACAUCGGGGAGUGCGUGAGGAUGAUAAUCGAAUGCGAAGUGGCAGUGCCAGCCUACCCGAAGAGGAGUAAAUUGAUAGAGAACCUGAUAUGCAAUCUGCUUUCAAAGAACAGUAACAGAAGAAUGGACUGUGACGACCUACUGAACGUAUAUGAAGUUAACAGAUAUCUGAUAAACAACGAGUACAACAAAAAGAUUAGAUACUCACUGCACCAGCGUUUCACAAACCACUGA